GUUGCGUUCGAAGAUGAUCCUUUCUCUUGGUUUGCUGGUGCUGGUUGUGGCAGCCUUUACGGUACAGAGUGCGGCCUUCUUCGAGGAUCGUCCCUACCAUGACGAGCCGUAUCAUACGGUUGAUCUGGACGGGGUCAACUCCACCGCGGAGCUAACGUCGCAGUUUAAGUGGAGCAAAUCGGUGAUCAGCUAUCGGAUCAUGAACUACCCGGUUAGGGUGUUGCAGAGUGAGAUUCGCGCCGCGGUUCGGCACGCGUUCGAUACGUGGAGUCGUGUUACCAAUUUGGACUUUGUGGAAGAUACCCGGACCAUCGACGUCGACAUCCAGCUAGCGUUCGAAGGGUUGAAUCAUCAACGCCGUGGGCAGCCCUGCAGGUACAGCUAUGACUCAACGCUGGCACACGCGUUCUUUCCGGAGCACGGGGAUGUUCACUUCAAUACGAAGUACUUCUUCACGGAGGAUACCUCGAUCGAGCAGUUCAUCAAUACGGCCACGCACGAGAUCGGACACUCGCUGGGACUGCUGCACUCGACCUCCCGGGACUCGAUCAUGUACUUUUCACAGACGAGCAACUUGUUUGCGGAACCACAGCCGGAAGACAUCAACGCCAUCCAAUCUCUCUACGGAGUCCGCUCCUCCAUCCCAACCACAAACCGACCCCCACUAACCACCACCCGACCUCCACCAACCCGUACCCAAAGACCCCGCACCAACACCGACCUGUGCACCCUCACCUCGUACGACGCCAUCCUCACCGAUCACCGCGGUAACAUCUGCGUGCUCGCCGGCCGCUUCUACUACAACCUCAACGAGACCAACCCCGUCCCGCGGAAGGCGAUCGCCAAGUGGCCCGGCCUGCCCGCCAAAGUGGACGCCGGCUUCACCUACCGCGACUCCAAAACGUACUUCUACAAGGGCGACCAGUACUGGAAGUACAGCGGACUCCGCCUCGAGCAGGGCUACCCACGACCGCUGAGCCAAGCAUUUCCGGGGAUUCCCUCGUCGGUGGACGCGAUCCUGCUCGCGAAAAGUGGCGGCUUUCACGCGUUCAAGGGCCCGCAGUAUUGGUACUACGACAUCGGUAAGCAGAAACCGGUCGAGUGGUACUAUCCAAAGGCCAUCGAUGACGGGCUGGGGGGAUUCCCCAAGAAGCUGGACGCGGCGCUGGUGACGGGCGAGGGGCGGAGGUUUGUCUUCGCCGGGCUGCGAUAUCUGGAGGUGGGAGACGACAACAAAGUGAUUGGACGGAUGAGGGAUGUGUGGAAAGAUUUGUUCAACUGUGCGUGAGAGGAGGGAAAGUGUGAAAUGUAAAGUGUGAGGGAGAGAUAAAUUUCUAGUCAUUUUUGUACGUAACAGGUAUAGUGAGUAAGAUAAA